CGUCAUUGCUCAUUUGUUGUGUUUUUGCGUGUGGAUUGUCAAGUGGUUUUCGCCGUUUCGUGUUCGUUGCAGUCAAGUAUUAUUUUGGUGUUCGACAUUCGCGCAUAUGGUGUUCACUAAAAAGCAAUGAAUUUCUUAAGAAAAUAACAAAGUCACAGUAUAGUUUUGCGUUUUCGCUAAUUUAACUAAUUAAAAGAUAAAAUUGUGUUCCUUUAUUGCCUAGUGGCUGUGCUAACGUAACUACAUACAAAUAUAUACAUAUAUAUCACAUAUUAUCGGCUAUUGUGCACUUCUACUUGGCUAUACUUGCGCUGUUGUGUGGCAGUCUGCCAGUCAGCUACGCGGACAAGAUUGUAUCUAUCGAUUGCUAAAACAAAAAAAAAAUAAUAAUAAAAAUAACUAAAACAAAAAAUGUUGAGAUGUGGCUUGUGAUUCGGUUGGUGGCCGGAGAAGCGCAACAAGUAAUAAUUCGUCGUCGUGUAGAAGUGCGAUAAAAACAGCAAAAAUUUGAUCUUAUGAACCAAUAAAUUGACAAAGUGUCAAGUUUUUUGUCUUUCGCAUUCGCAUUAAUUGCAAAAUUCAAGCGCAAAGAGGCUAACCAACAAAUAAAGCCAGUUUCAUAUACAUAUCUACAUAUGCGUGUGCUUGUAUAUUUUUGAAUACGACAAGAUUAAAACAAAUUGCAAAAGUUAAUUGAAUAAAAUACUAAACGUGUGUUCGCAUUUAUUGCCAUUAUUCUUAUUGUUAUUAUUAUUUUUGCUGUAGCUUCUAUGAGCAUACAUACAUAUGUAUCUCUGAUUGUUAAUAUGUGCCCGGGGGCAAUCAGAGUGUGAUCGUUGGUGUUUGUUGUGCGUGAUGUUGGCAUGAUUGUCAUAUGCAAACAAUUGAAAUAUUCGCGCAUUUAAAAGGUUGCACUAGCAACAACAACAAUAAAACCACACUGUAAUAGCAAAAAUUAAAGUGUACUACUAACGAGAACGACCAAAAACAUAUCAUAUCACAGUGGUGGAGGCAACAGUUGGGGAGCAAAACAAAAACUUGUGGAGCCGUGUCGUCGUACUUAGUUGUCGUGGCCGCAACACCCGCGCCGCACCCGCACUACAGAGUGUGUGCGUCAGUUUUACGCAUACGACGUACGCCUUGGACGCAUUGAGGCAAUCGCACUCGCGGCUGACAAAUAGAAAGACACAGACGGAGACGCAGACUGCUCGAAGUCAUACGUGUCACCGCCGCAGUCACUUUGCUGACGCAGCGCUGCCGCCGUCCACGACGCCGAUGCCAAAGUUGUAUGUGUGCGUAUGUAUGUACGUCGUCAGCGUUCGUUGAACGCUUCGAGGCAAUAAACUCGCGUGCAGUAUUCUACACCACCAACAACCACCACCUCAACGAUAACCGUACACCCGGUCAGCGACAACAACAACGAUAAAUGUACACCGGGUCAACGACAACAACAACAACAAUUUUUGACAGAAACCAAAGCAAAAAUAUCAGAUUAACAACCAAAAUUUUAAACCAAAAACAAAAACAAAAUAUUUUUUUUUAACAAAAACAGCUAAAAUAUGGUGCAACAACAGCGCUUGGCCAUUUCAAUACCAAAUAUUAACAAUCGCAUGCCGUCCAUGCCCUCCGUCGGCGUCAGCACACCCGGUUCGGUGUCGUCAACCACCUCCUCCACCUACAAUGCCAGCCUGUCGACGUCAAUGGACUCGCCGGCUGCGGAAGUGAACAGCGCCGACAUCGGCCUAUUCGUGGAGACGCCACUGCAGGAGCUGAGCACCAAUACACGCCUACAAUUGUCGCAGCUGCUGAAUUGCCGCAAGAUCUUGCGCUCCGAAGAUGGCUACGAGCGCGAUUGGCGCGGCGUGGCGGAGCUGGCAGAGGUGCGCAGCUUCUGCAGCAGCAACAAUGAUGACCCGAUGCGCGCCGUGCUGCGUGAGUGGUGUUCACAUCGGCCGCAGACAGCGACAUUUGCACGGUUGCAACAGUACCUCGGCAUCAUCGAUCGCUGGGAUGUCAGCGAUGACAUUUACGAGAAUAUGGUUGAGGAUGCUAAAAGGUAUGCCAUAAAAUUGCGACAAAAAUCAUUAAUCGCCAGCGAUACAACAGACGCGACAUCGUCAACGGCGGUGGCGGCCACCUUUUGGUCGAACCCAACGUCACCGUUCAUACCGGCGAGCAGCAACGGUAUUAAUGGCAACGAUGUCAACAGCAUUGAAAGCGAUCCGAAUAUGACCAUAUUGACACGUGACGAUGUGAUACUCGCCCAAAAAGGACUGCCGCCACAACAGUAUGACGCAUUCGUGCUAUUCGCCGAUGCGGAUAUUGAACAAGCCGCCGAAAUACAAACCAAAUUCGAAGAAAAUGAGAAAUACAAUUUCAAGUUAUGCUUCAAGAAUCGUGAUCUACUCGGUGGCGUACCGUUCACGCACGUUGCAUUGACGCAACUGAUCGAGGAGCGUUGCCGCUACUUACUUGUGAUCUUAACAAAAGAAUUUCUCGAUAGUCCAGAGAAUCAAUUUUUGAUGAAUUACACACACGCGCUGCAAAUACAGAAUAAUUCGCGCAAGAUCAUACCGCUUAUUUAUGAGGAUUCGGUUAUUAUACCACGUGCCUUGAAAAUAUACACACACCUCAAGUACACACCAGUGCCUACUACGCUAUUUGACUUUUGGGCGCGUCUUGGUGACUCAAUACGACGCUCUUACAAUGCCACGGACCCGUCGCCAUUCGGCCUGAAUGAAGUUGACAACGUGCUCGCCGUUAGGCAACUACCAAUUGACACGAGCUAUACAAGCUUACCAACCCCCCGCACAACGAGCGUAACCACACCCACCUCACCCAUACCGAGCAUCAAUAUUAACGGACAUGCCUACACACCCGAAGAGGAGGAGGAGGAUGAUGUAUUUCAACAGAAGGAGCAACGUUAUCAUUUCAACAAACGUUCAUCCCUGCGUCAUCACAACAGUGUAUACAGUCACAAUCACAACAACAAUCGCAUUAGUCAAGUCGUCAAUGGUUUGCGAAAUGCACACUCUACUAGUCAGCUAAAUGCUGGCGUUAAUGUUGACAACGCCGUCAGCAUGAGUGAUCUCAGCAUAAGUACGGAGGUGAAGAAGAAGAAGAAGAAACCUAUUAAAGCUGUGCUCAAGCGGGUGUUUAGCCGCAGUAGUCCGAAACUACAACAAACAGCAGAAUAAUAGUAUUGUAUUUUAAUUAAUUGUUUUUUGUUUUUAUUUUUUGCUUAAUUGUAAAUUGACUUUAAGAUUGUAUUUAUAAAUAUCAGUUAUACGAGUUUAUAUAUAUAUAAUAUUAUUUAGCAAAACCAAUGAAUACGUAACAAAAUGCAAGCAAAAUGAGGAAAAUGUUAUGUUCUAGUGUAUUGUAUGUUAUUUAUGUAUUAAUUUAAUUAUACGAAUCUGGUUUUAUCUUCGCAACUGUGACAUAACAAGCAGCCAACACUCACAAAACAUAUACAAUAUAAAUUUCGUGCGCUUUACACACUUUCUGCUCUAUACACCCGCUCAAUCAGUUAAAACUCGUAUUUU